CACAAACACUAUUGAAUUAAUGGUGUUGUUUCAAGUUUGAGUUGGAGAAGAUGAAUGUGUGGCUAAUACCCUCGUCACUCUGCACCACCACUGCAUCAGUUUCAAAACCCCAUCAUCUUCAUCAUCUUCCAAUUAUUCCAACUAAGCUUACCCUUCACAACACCCUCCUUGCAACCACACUCUCCUUUGGUUUCCUCUUCACCUCCCUGCCUUCUCCUUCCUCUGCUAUUCCAACCCCUCAUUCUCCUUCCUCCGAAACAUGCCGUGAUGCUGACUCAUCAGAUGUAACGGUUCCAACAAAUGCUCCUGAAGUUGUCACCAAUGAAGGACUUGUUCAGGAAGCUUGGCAGAUUGUCAAUGAUGACUUUCUUGACACUGGUCGCCACCGUUGGUCUCAUGAUACCUGGCAGCUGAAGAAGCAAGAUCUUUUGAGCAAUUCCAUUCAGACAAGGUCAAAGGCACACAACAUCAUCAAGCGGAUGCUGGCCAGUUUGGGUGAUCCAUAUACACGGUAUCUUUCACCUGAGGAGUUCUCCAAGAUGGCGAGGUAUGACAUGACUGGUAUUGGAAUAAACCUUAGGGAAGUUAAUGAUGACAAUGGAGAUCACAGGUUGAAGGUAUGGGGAUUAAUAUUGGACAGUCCUGCUCAUUCUGCUGGUGUCAGACAGGGUGAUGAAAUAUUGGCAGUCAACAACACAGAGGUAAAGGGAAAAUCAGCAUUCGAAGUAUCGUCCUUGUUGCAAGGCCCUAAUGGAACAUCUGUGACUAUUCAGGUAAUGCAUGGAAACUGUGGACCUGUUGAAUCAAUAGAAGUUCAGCGGCAAUUUGUUGCUCGCACACCGGUCUCUUACCGUAUGGAACAGACCGACAGUGGUGCUGCUCAAGUUGGGUACAUCCGACUCAAAGAGUUCAAUGCAUUGGCCAGAAAAGAUUUAGUCAUUGCGACGAAGCGACUUCAAGACAUGGGUGCCUCAUAUUUCAUAUUGGAUCUUAGAGACAAUCUUGGUGGGCUAGUACAGGCUGGAAUCGAAAUUGCGAAGCUUUUCCUAAACAAAGGAGACAUGGUAAUCUACACUGUUGGGAGAGACCCCCAGUUCCAGCAAGCUGUUGUUUCAGAUACUUCACCAUUGAUUCGUGCUCCUGUUGUUGUUUUAGUGAAUGACAAAACGGCUAGUGCAAGUGAAAUAGUUGCUUCUGCACUUCAUGAUAAUUGUAGAGCUGUUCUUGUUGGAAAACGCACAUUUGGCAAGGGUUUAAUCCAAUCUGUAUUUGAGCUUCAAGAUGGAUCUGGUGUAGUUAUUACUGUUGGCAAGUAUGUAACACCAAAGCACAAGGACAUAAACGGCAACGGAAUAGAACCCGACUUCCAGAAACUUCCAGCUUGGGAUGAUGUCAGCCAACAUCUUACAAAGUGCAGUAUGCUUCAGCAAGGAUAAAACAGUUUCUAUGGUGUAUUCCAAAGCAAAAUAAUUUGCUUCUGGUUUUUCAUUAAUUUGAAACUUCUAAAGAGUCGGACAUGUAUAUAUCACAAAAAUUUCAGGUUAAUUAGUAGAUAUACAUGCCUGAACAUUUUGCCAUGCCUAGUGUUCUUGACUGCAAAUGGCUUAAAACUCAUUGGCUAGUUAGUUUGGAACAUUUGUAACUGUUGCAAAUAUUGGAUAUGAGGUGUGAAGAAAUGAUCUCAGGAAGCAUACAGGAGUUUGUAUCCAAGAAUCAUAACUGAAGCAACUUGUAACUAACAUAGGGAGCAUUGUUUUACAUUUUUAUAUAGGUUUUGAUAAUAUUCCCUUCCUUUUUAUUUCCUUCAUUUUUUUAAAUGUACGUGUAGCAAUACCUAUUGACAGAUUAUAUGAAUGCAUGAAAAGGGCCACUUUAUUGGUAAACAAA